UCCGCCAUAUUGUCGGUAACAGAGGGAGCAGUGAAAUGAGGAAGUGGUCCCACCUUUCAACAGGCAGCAGGACAGCAGAGGUGAGGGAGUGGCCACCUGCCGCCACUUUCUUACUCAACAGUGCCUGUGAGAGAAAAGUGUAAGGCCUGGACUCUCCGUGGGGAAUAACACUCUCUGUCAAGCGUCACUUUCUGGAGGAAUAAAAUCAGAAUCAGACGCGGCCCUGCUGGGGAAUUCAUGGCCUCAGGCUAACAAAACACAACCCUGCUCGACAGCGGAAAACCCUGAGAGAAUCUAACACAGCUCAGCUCCUUCGCAGUGGACUCACAGCGUGGAGCCUCGUUUGUGUGAAAACAUGUUUUGACAGUUUCACUGACGGACACUGCUGUGAGGAUGUUGUUGAUAUGAUGGUGCCAACCCAACCCUAAAUAUGUAUGAGGUGAUGACCGGUGACACCCUGUCCUGGAAGGUGCCCAGUCCAAGAGAAAGUGACACCGAGUCCAGCCCAGAGUCACACUUCACAGGGGAUGGAGGGCCGAUCAAGAUCCUUAAAGUCUGCUUCUGCACCAACAACAGCCUGGGCAAGAACUUCAAGCUUGUCAAAUGUGACGGCUCCUGGCAAAUCAGGGCCAUCAUUCGCUCGAUCCUGGUGAGCGGUCGACUGGGACCGAACAUCCAACAUACAGCAUGCUACGGUCUGCUGCUGAAACACUUGAAGUCUGAAGAGCUUCACUGGCUGCAUCCUGAUCUGACUGUUGGAGAGGUAGAGCAGCGCUAUGAGAGCCAUCAUGUGGAAGCUGAGUGGAGGUAUGACCUCCGGCUCAGAUACGUCCCUGUUAAUUUCCUGGAAAAAUUCCAAGAUGACAGGUCUACUUUAAUGUAUUUUUACCAACAAGUGCGUAGUGAUUAUAUGCAGUAUCAUGCCAGUAAAGUGAGUGACGGGAUGGCACUGCAGCUCGGUUGUUUGGAGAUCAGGAGGUUCUAUAAAGACAUGAAUGCAAAAGGUCUAGAGAAGAAGUCUAACUUUGAGCUGCUAGAAAAAGACGUGGGCCUGGACCUUUUCUUUCCUAGACAACUCAUUAACAGCAUGAAGUCAAAGCAGCUACGGAAGCUGAUUCAGCAGACGUUUCAGCAGUACGCCACGCUCAAGGAGGACGAGUGCAUGAUCAAGUUUUUUGAGACCCUCGAAGACUUUGUCACCUAUGAUGAAGAGGUCUUCCCAUGUGAACUGGUGCAAGGUUGGAGUCUGUCAGUGGAGCUGGUCAUUGGUGGGAGAGGUAUUCGCCAACGCACACAGAAGAAUGCUGCGGCUGUGUUUCUUGCCGACUUCAAACAGAUCAAGUCUGUACAAUGCUUAUCUCAGAGUGAUGGAAAGGGUCUCCUGAACCUAAGCGUGGAGGGGGCCAGACAGUUUCUAUCCAUCAACGUGGCCACGGUUUCUAUGGCAGAGAACAUGAUAGACCUCAUCGACGGUUACUGCCGCUUGGAAAAGGGUACAGAUGAAUCUGUUAUCUCCCGGUCAAAUAAAGAUGCUUCCCCGCAAAGUCCCCUACCUGAGAUUCCUACAGGCAGAAACAACAGCUCGAUCAGACACAGCAUGGGAUCAGAUAUUUACUGUGAGAUCCUCGACGAAAGGCCGAGAUCAGUGGUGAAGUACGGGAUUGACCGAGACGAUAUUGUUCUCGGGCGAAUUCUCGGGGCGGGUUUUUUUGGGGAAGUCUACGAUGGAGUUUAUAAAAAAUCUAAUGGUGACAGGAUCAACGUGGCGGUGAAAACCUGCAAAGACUGUUCUCCUGAUGUGAUGGAGAAGUUCAUGAGUGAAGCAGUAAUAAUGAAGAACCUGAACCACCCUCACAUUGUCCAGCUGAUCGGCAUCAUAGAGGAGGAUCCUGUGUGGAUUGUCAUGGAGCUUUAUCAGUAUGGAGAGCUUGGAAACUACCUGACCCAGAACGAGAAGACUCUGACAAAUAUGACACUGGUGCUGUUCAGCCUGCAGAUCUGCAAAGCGCUAGUCUACCUCGAAGGGGUCAACAUGGUUCACAGAGACAUUGCAGUUAGGAACGUGCUUGUCGCCAGUCCAGACUGUGUGAAGCUCGGAGACUUUGGUUUAUCGAGGUACAUCGAGGAAGAAGAAUACUACAAAGCUUCGGUUACUCGGUUGCCCAUCAAGUGGAUGGCCCCAGAAUCCAUCAACUUCAGACGCUUCACCUCAGCCAGUGACGUGUGGAUGUUUGCCGUCUGCAUGUGGGAGAUCAUGAGCCGUGGCCAGCAGCCUUUUUUCUGGCUGGAGAACAGAGACGUAAUCAACCAACUGGAGCAGGGCAUCAGGCUGCCCAAGCCAGAUCACUGCCCUCCUGCCCUCUACUCGCUCAUGACCCGCUGCUGGUCCUACGACCCCAGAGAGAGACCUAACUUCACAGAGCUGGUGGUCAAGAUCAGUGAUGUCCACAAGAUGGAGAAGGAGCAGGAAGUGGAGCGAGAGAGGGACAGAGCGCGCUCAACAAAAUUCUUUGAUCCCAAGUUCAACUUGAAUGAGCCUCCUCCAAAGCCUACCAGAAUGAAACCAGGACGAUUUGGGAACACACUUAGUAUUGGUCUACACAUUCAGCUGAAUGAGGCGUUGUGUGCCAGCUCGCCUGAUCUGGCCAGUCCGUGUGAAUAUCAGUCCCCCCUCGACUCCAUGAGCACUCUGGCGCUGCCAGUCAGGUCUCCUCGACGUCUCAGCAUGGGGGAGAACGAGUUUCUUCGCGCGGGACCAAACAGCAGGGAGGACGCUCAGCGACUGUGGCAGAGAGAGAGACAGAGUAUGCAGAACACUCUCCGCCGGCAGAAAGCGCAGAUGAAGGAGGAUAAAAUGUGGCUGGAGAAGAAAGAGAAACUCCUGGUGGGAAACAGAACAUCAUUAACUUUUGUCUACCCCCUCUCUGUGUCUCUGUGUCCCCCUGCUCCUGAAAUCACCAUGGCCCUGGAGGCUACGCUGAACGAGACACCGUUAAACAAUAGCAAACUUCUCGUUCAACCUGGACAGCCCCCUAGUCUUACGUUGAAUGUUCCUCUGAUAACAGUUCCAAAGAGAGGGUCAACGUCCAUAUUCUAUAAAAUGAACCUGCCUGUUCUUUUGCAGGACCCCAUGGGAUCAGAUGAAGCCACCCUCUCAUUGUCUCCUGAAGAUGACGCAUCAAAUGCACCACCAGAGAAGCCGCCACGGCUCACAGCGCAGCCUGCACGCACAGCAGAACUGGACCGCUCUGAUGACAAAGUGUAUAAAUCCGUUAUGGACGUGGUCAAAGUUGUUGUUCAGCUGAAGAAUGACAUCACUGAACUGCAGCCGGACGCUUAUAUCACCAUCAUCAAGUCUAUAGGGCAGGCUUUACGAGAUCUGAUUGGCAGUGUGGAUGAUAUACUGCCCACCUUACAUGAGUCUGUCGUGACUGAGAUCGAGGGCACUCAGAAGCUGCUGAACAACGACAUGGCGGAACUGAUUAGCAAGAUGCGUCUGGCCCAGCAGAACGCUAUCACGUCUCUGAAGGAGGAGUGCAAGAAACAGCUGCUGGCUGCAGCACACACUCUGGCCGUGGACAGCAAGAACAUGCUGGAUGCUGUGGACCAAGCGAGAGUUAGGGCCAACUUAGCCAAGCCCGUGGCUAGUCCCUAGUGGACUUGUAAACUUUGUAGUUUCAGUGUACAUGUAAACCUUACAUUCUCAUCUGUCAGUCAGAGAUAACAUUUGCACUCAGCUGAAUAUUUUUGUUUCAUUAAAAAUCACUUAAAUUGAGCCUGCACCAGCCACUGGUUCUACAUACAUGUGUCAUCAUGUAAAUGUGUGUUGUUAAAUUUAAAUAUGUCAUAGUAUUCUUGACCAACACUGUAAUGGGCGGUUUAUAAGAUAGUUUACAAAUAUCAGACAUUAUAAUUCGGAUGCAGUCUCUUCUGACACACGCCAUUCUAUGUAAACUGUAAUUUGAGUUAUGCAUUUUAUUAUUUGCUGUGGAAAUGCCCUUGUAAAUAUGAAACAUGUCCUUCGAAAAAUACAAAUGUAAAAUGCAAUAAUUCUACUGCAGAGAAAAAAAUGUAAUGCAAACAGGAAAUGGUAUCAUUUCAAAACAGACAGGUUAAAGGUGAAAACUAAAAAAUGUCACUAUGUUGAUGUUAAAAUCACGAGCAUUAUACAUAAAUUAUGAAUACUCAAUGGAAUGGAUCAUAAAUUGUCAGAUGUCAAAUGUUUCAGUUUUUUCAACUUGAAAGUCUAAGGUUUUUGUAUCAUGACUAUAAAAUAUGAAAUACUAGCACAUAAUUCAAAUGAUUAUAAGAAUAAAAUGAAUGAUGUAUACAA